GAUGUAUAAAACCGUCUGCGCCGCACCUACUGCGGAGUUUUUGGCAAGAUUAUUUUUUUUGUGACCUGUCGAUGGCGCUUCAAGUUGCUCGAAAGGUGACCAAGAUUGAGAUAGGGUUGUCGUUUUUCAGUGGAGGAUCAAAAAUUGUGUAUCCUAAUGGUUCCCGUGUGCUGGACUGGCUCCUUACCUGAGAGUGGGUGGAAAAAGCGUCCUGAAGGAGGGUCUUAUGUUGGACUGCAAAUGUGUUGCUGGUCAAAGCACAGCAGGUUAGGCAGCAUCUCAGGAAUAGAGAAUUCGACGUUUCGAGCAUAAGCCCUUCAUCAGGACGCCUACUUCCUGCUUCAGGAGUUUUCCGACGUGCAAUUAGUUGUGAGCAGGAGAAUGUGAAUCGGCUUGGGAAAGCUACAACAUUAAUGAGAAGGAAAAAGAGCGGAUGGUUGAAAGUGAAAGCUGUUUUUGGCUACCUCAUGCUGGAAUCUUUUUUAACCUGUGUUCGGAGUUUUCCUUUGAAAUUUGACCAUGGCUCUGAGUAAAGGAUUCCGAGUGUUUCAGAAGCAGGAACCCGGCGGCAGCAGUGUGUUGCUGGAGUCCAGGAGUCGUCAGGAUUGUCUCCUCUUCGAGGCUGGGGCUGUGGCCAUUCUUUCAUCUGAGGAGAAGGAGAUUGUGAAGAGUCAAUUUCUGAAAAUAAUGGAUGCAUAUGGCUGUCUGGGAGUACUUUGUAUAAAGAAUGGUGACUCAAGACUCUGCUUUCUGGUUCUGGUGACAGGUUGUGUAUCUGUAGGGAGGAUCCGCGACACUGACAUAUGUAAGAUUACCACAACAGAUUUUGUUCCACUUCAAGAAGAAACAGCAGAUGAAGAACGAAUCACUGCCUUAAGGAAACUGCUGAACUCUGGGAUGUUUUAUUUUUCAUCAGCUUCUGGUUCGACUUUUGAUCUUAGUCUGUGUGCACAGAAGCUGUAUGCAAAAGACCAUGAGGCGGGAAUCCGAUUUUUCUGGAAUCGCACUCUACAUGUACAUCUCAAGCAGUACCAAGUGAACUGCUCAGAUUGGCUGCUGAAGGUGAUCUGUGGUGUAGUAGAGAUACGUACAGCCUAUGCUACAGAAAAAAAGGCAAAGGCCUGCCUGAUAUCACGGCUCAGCUGCGAGCGAGCUGGCACCGGCUUCUUCGUUAGAGGAACUGAUGAUGAUGGUCAUGUAUCCAACUUUGUUGAAACAGAACAGGUAAUUUACUUGGAUGAUGCAGUGUCUUCCUUUGUCCAGAUACGAGGUUCAGUCCCAUUAUUUUGGGAGCAGCCUGGAAUACAGGUUGGCUCUCACCAGUUACGACUCACCCGUGGUAUUGAAGCUGAUGCUCCUGCUUUCGACAGGCAUUUGAUUUUGCUGAGACAGCAGUAUGGGAGUCAAGUCAUUGUUAACCUGCUAAGAAUUAAAGGAGGAGAGGAGGUUCUUAGCAGGGCUUUUAAGAAACUGAUGUGGGCCUCUGCUUAUGCCCCUGACACGCCAAUGAUAAAUUUUGACUAUCACCAUUGUGUGAAAGGAGGGAAGGCGGAGAAGCUGCACUCAUUGCUAAAACCUCAGCUGCAGGAACACUUAGAAAACUUUGGCUUUUUCACCAGUGGUGAGCAGAUAUGUCCCUGUCUGCAGUCUGGAGUGCUCAGAACAAAUUGCCUUGAUUGUCUGGAUCGGACAAACAGUGUCCAGUCUUAUGUGGCAUUGGAGGUUUUGUACAGCCAGCUGGAGAGCUUGGGAAUGGCUGUUAAGAAGACAGUAGUGGAGCGUUUUGUGGAAUUUUACAAGACAAUGUGGUCAUUAAAUGGACAUAAUUUAAGCAAGAUCUUCACAGGAAGUCGUGCAAAAGAAGGAAAAACGAAGGUAAAAGAUGGAGCACGUUCUGUAUCCCGAACAAUCCAGGCCAAUUUCUUUGGAGCUAAACAAGAAGCUAUUGAUUUGCUCCUCGUGGGGGAUUUUUAUAGUGAGGAUUAUGCAGAUAAGGCAAGGGUGUUGAUGGACAGCAGUGCACUUUUCACACCUCCUGGGAUUUUGGAAGCUAUGUGUGAGCGACAGAUAGAAUACACUAAUGUCAAGAGCACUCGCAUCAGCAUUGGCACAUGGAACGUAAAUGGUGGUAAACAGUUCAGAAGCAACAUGCUGAGUAUUGCUGAACUUAGUAGUUGGUUACUUGAUGCUUUCAAACAGAACAAAACAUCCAAAUUCCAGGAUAAUGAGAGCUGCCCACCAGAUAUCUUUGCUAUUGGCUUUCAGGAAAUGGUGGAACUUAAUGCAGGGAACAUUGUUAAUGCUAGCACAACUAACAAGAAAAUGUGGGCAGAACAGCUUCAAAAAGCAAUAUCUGGACAACAUAAAUACAUCCUGCUGUCAUCAGGCCAACUUGUUGGUGUCUGUCUGUAUAUCUUUGUCCGACUCCAUCACGUACCCUACAUUCGAGAGGUUGCUGUGGAUAGGGUGAAGACUGGGAUGGGUGGAAAGACUGGGAACAAAGGAGCAGUAGCACUUCGUCUGCAGUUUUACAGCAGCACACUCUGCUUCAUAUGUGCCCAUCUGACAGCUGGACAGUCACAAGUGAAAGAAAGAAAUGAAGAUUAUAGAGAAAUCAUGCAGAAGCUCAGCUUCCCAAUGGGAAGAAAUGUUUUCUCCCAUGACUAUGUAUUCUGGUGUGGAGAUUCAAACUUCCGCCUUGAUCUUCCACAUGAAGAAAUCCUUCACCACAUUAAAGGACAGGACUGGAAAACUCUUCAGGUCUAUGACCAAUUGCAACAUCAGAAGACUGAGAAUAAAAUUUUCAAAGAUUUCUUUGAAGGUACCAUCAAUUUUGCUCCAACAUACAAAUAUGAUGUGGGCACAGAUGUUUAUGACACCAGUGACAAAUGCAGAACUCCUGCUUGGACAGAUCGAGUACUGUUGUGGAGAAAAAAUUGGUCCUGUGAUACGUUUGGCAUCGAUUUAAGGGAAUGUGAAUAUGAAGCCGGGACAGAAGAGAAGAAAAUGUGGCCUCCUGCUGAUUUGCUAUAUUAUGGGAGAGCAGAGUUGAAAGCCUCUGAUCAUAAGCCUGUGUUAGCUGUCUUUGAAGUGAAUAUUCAGGAAGUGGAUAUUUUUGCACGUGAGCAAGUAUUCCAGGAAAUUACGUCUUCCCAGGGGCCCUCAGAUGCGACUGUCGUGAUAUGUCUUAAAGGACCAACCAAUGGAGAAAGGGAAGCCUUUUCGGAUGACCUAAGCAAUGAAAUAACUAAUUGGCUCCAGAGUUAUGGCAAUAUUUUGUUGGUAAGAUUUGAUCAUGGACAGAUGUUGGUAACUUUUCAGGAUAGUCGGAUGGCUCUGAAAGUUUUGGAUCUAGAUGGAAAAAUGGUUAACGGCAGAGUGGUGUGUAUAAAACCCCGAAUAAGAAACUGGCUCAAUAAUCUACAUGAAGAAAUUAAUAUAAACAGAAACAGUAUUGCACCGAUGUCUCCGACUGCAAAUUCUUGCCUGCUUGAAGAAACUUUUGAUUUUAACAGUCUGGAUUAUGACACUGAAGGAGAUUUAGAUGAAGACUUAGAUGAAAUUGUUCCACAGCAUUUGGUGACAGGGCAAAUAGUGAAUCACAAAAAAUCACCUGAAGAGUUUACAGAAUCUCUUGUUUAUGAGGUUGCUGAGGUUCAAUUACUAAACAGAAUGCCUGAUUCUCAAAAAAGUGAAAUAACUGUUAAUCGAGAGGCAGCUCCUCAACUACGUACAGCAUGUAGAUCUGUGUCAGUACCUGAACGACCUCAACCUCCACAAAGACCCCCUCCACCAACUAUGCAAAGCAUGAAAAAAUCAGCCUCUGAUACUGUGCUUUCAUCUGAAGAAAGUCCUUUUCAGGCCAUGACUCUGAAUCCAUCCCAGAUUCUUCCAGGGCCAGCUUCUUCAUCUAGAACUGGAAUUAGCAAGCCAUAUCAUGUGAGACAAAUUAAAACAACAAGUGCCAAAGAAGCAGAAGCAGCAAUAAAACAUCUAAUGGAAAUGAAAACAGGAAGUUUGAAGUCAGAGGCUAACAAAAAGCCAUCUCUAGUACAGUCAAUUCUCAAGUCCCAGUCUCUUCCUGAUGAACAUGUUGAAACAUAUUCUACUUCAUUAAUUCCUCUAUUACACGCUCAAAGAAAUCCUGCUGCUAAACCAUCUGAUCCAGAAGGAACAAGAAUAAGAGGUGACUUGUACCUCAGUUCAGAGGCUGCAAAUAAAAAGGAACCGAAGUCUCUCAAAACAGCUGUGGCAGCAUGCUCCAAUUCACCAUUAGUGACUUCUCAAAGAAAUUCUGAAACAUUCAAGGAAAUAAUCUCACAGUCACUACUGAAAAAGACACAGCAACAGUGUCCAAGCAAUAGAACUUAUCAUGAACUUUGUAAUAACCCAGUGAGAGUCUCAGAAAGUGCAGCCACAACCCCAAUAGCACCUCCCCGCAGGAAGAAAACUGCAGCAUCUUAUUCGCAAGUUGACUACAGUUCAGUUGUGAAAUCAUUCCACAAUAAUCCCAGACAGAAUCCUUUUCGUGCAUGUGGGUUGCAUGGCAAUGAUCAUCCUUUUAAAUUGUGCAAUACUAGUACUUCAGUCAGCAACAACUCUGUUCGGUCUUUACAAGAAAGUAGACCUUCAUCUGACCCAUCCUAACAACAAAGGAACUUUAAGAUAAAUCUGCCUAAGUUUGGACAAAAUAUAAAUGAUGCUGAAACAAAAAUAUUUGAGCUCGCCACUGGCACCACAGAUGAAAGACUAUAUCAUAAAGACAUGACCCAGAAUAAUAAUUUUUCUUCAAAAGAGUUGUAGCAAACUUUGAGUGCAAGGAGUGUUAAUCAUUACUGGCUUUAUCGCAGUACAUUAAACUGGCCACUUGGUGAACUUAAA